ACUCCGGGAGCUCUCCUGGUCGGCCGGCCGGCGCCCGUGGACUCUGCGCACGCGCAUGGUCGCCCCAGGGGGAAGCGCAGGUUGCGUACGGGCCGGGCGGGUCGGCGGCCUGGUUGCCAUGGCAGCGGGGUCGCGGGCCGGCGCCAGGGAAGGCCUGGAGGCUGCAGGCGGCCAGGGCUGCCCGCGGAGCCCCAGACCCAGACGCCCGAUCUUGCAGCCCUGAGAGGCGGCCGGGCAGCGCCGCCACCAUGUUCCUGGGCACCGGGGAACCGGCCUCGGAGACGGGAGAUGACAGUCUGUCUGCAGUCACCUUUGACUCUGACGUGGAGACGAAAGCAAAAAGGAAAGCUUUCCACAAACCUCCACCCACAUCGCCAAAGUCACCUUAUCUCUCUAAGCCAAGAAAAGUGGCCUCCUGGAGGUCCCUCAGGACGGCAGGGAGCAUGCCUCUGGGCGGCCGAGCGUCCCUGACCCCGCAGAAGCUGUGGCUGGGAACUGCAAAACCAGGAAGUCUGACCCAGGCCCUGAACUCACCCCUCACCUGGGAGCAUGCGUGGACCGGCGUCCCCAGCGGCACUCCCGACUGUCUGACAGACGCCCUCAGAGUGAAGAGGCCACAUCUCAGGCGCUCUGCCAGCAACGGUCAUGUCCCUGGGACUCCUGUCUACAGAGAGAAGGAAGACAUGUAUGACGAGAUUAUUGAGUUAAAGAAGUCAUUGCACGUGCAGAAGAGCGAUGUGGACCUAAUGAGAACAAAGCUCCGGCGCCUGGAGGAGGAAAACAGCAGGAAGGACCGGCAGAUAGAGCAGCUCCUUGAUCCCAGCCGCGGCACAGAUUUUGUUCGGACUCUGGCAGAGAAAAGGCCCGAGGCCAGUUGGGUCAUUAAUGGGCUGAAGCAGAGGAUCCUGAAGCUGGAGCAGCAGUGCAAGGAGAAGGAUGGCACCAUCAGCAAACUCCAGGCUGAUAUGAAGACCACCAACUUGGAAGAGAUGCGGAUCGCCAUGGAGACGUACUACGAGGAGGUGCAUCGUCUCCAGACCCUCUUGGCAAGUUCUGAAACCACCGGAAAGAAGUAUGAUGGCCUUUUGCCCCUGGGGGAGAAGAAGACGGGCACCAAAAGGCAGAAGAAGAUGGGCAGUGCCCUCCUGAACUUGUCCCGGAGCGUCCAGGAGCUCACGGAGGAGAACCAGAGCCUGAAGGAGGACCUGGACCGCGUGCUGAGCACCUCCCCCACCAUCUCCAAGACACAGGGUUAUGUGGAGUGGAGCAAGCCCCGGCUGCUGAGACGCAUUGUGGAGCUGGAGAAGAAACUAAGUGUGAUGGAGAGCUCAAAACCACACGCCGCAGAACCAGUCAGAUCACACCCGCCAGCCUGCCCUGCAUCCAGCUCUGUGCUGCACAGACAGCCACGAGGGGACCGCAGCAAGGACCAUGAGCGUCUCCGAGGGGCCGUGAGAGACCUGAAGGAAGAGCGGACCGCCCUGCAGGAGCAGCUGCUGCAGAGAGAUUUGGAGGUGGAGCAGCUCCUGCAGGCGAAGGCCGACCUGGAGAAGGAGCUGGAGCGCGCGAGGGAGGGCGAGGAGGAGAGGAGAGAGAGAGAGGAGGCUUUGAGAGAGGAGAUUCAGACGCUUACCAGCAAGCUCCGAGAACUGCAAGAAAUGGAGAAAGAAGAGAAAGAGGAUUGCCCAGAAGUUCUUCAUAAGGCCCAAGAGCUCCCAGCUCCCACUCCCAGCAGCAGGCACUGCGAGCAAGACUGGCCGCCGGAGUCCAGUGAGGAGGGGCUCCCGCGGCCCCGCUCCUCCUGCUCUGACGGGAGAAGAGACGCCGCGGCCAGGGUGCUGCAGGCCCAGUGGAAGGUGUACAAGCACAAGAAAAAAAAAGCUGUUCUGGAUGAGGCGGCUGUGGUGCUUCAGGCAGCUUUCAGGGGACAUGUGGCGCGGACAAAACUCUUAGCAAGCAAAGCACGUGGCUCAGAGCCGCCCAGCAUGCCAGGCCUCCCAGACCAGGGUGUCCCCGGGGCCCAGCACCAGGAGCCACCAGGGGUCUGCCAAACAGUCAUCUUCCCUACUGUCCUUGUGCCCCAGAGCUCUCCUGUGCCCCGUGUUCCAAGCCCCAUCGUCCAGGCCGAGGGCAGCCCUGCACAGGAGGAGGCCAUCGUCAUCAUCCAGUCCGCUCUGCGGGCACACCUGGCCCGGGCCAGGCACAGCGCUACCGGUAAAAGAACCACCACCGCAGCUUCUACGAAGAGGAGAUCGGCUUCAGCCACACACAGGGACGCCUCCUCCCCACCCUUCCUCGCAGCUCCUCCUGCCCAAAAACAGUCAAUGAAGAAGCCGCUGGCGCUGCAGGAUGCCACACCCUCGGACCCCUCUCCCGCAGGGCCGCAGUCCGUGGCACCUCCACCUGGGGAUGACGUCAACUCCGAUGAUUCCGACGAUAUUGUCAUCGCCCCAUCUCUGCCCACGAAGAACUUUCCAGUCUAGGUCCCCGUCACUGUCUCCAUGACGUGAUGGCAGCACUGCUGAGGACAUAGGAGCCACGACUGGAAAGAUAAUUUGUCGUGUUAGGAGAAGAAUGAUACCUACUUAACCUCUCAACAUCUGCAUCGUCUCUCUGUGCUUUUGUUUGUGGAAGGAAACCCAAAUGCCUUUACUUUAUUCUCCGGGGAGGGCCAGCGGCUCGCAUCUCCCUCGUCUCCAGCUGCAGCUCGGAUGGUGGGUUUUCAGUGGCGACAGACACGUCUGCUGUGAGCUCGCGGACACCAGGGAGCCCUGUAGUGACAUGUUAUCUGACCACCUCGCCACCUGCCCAUGACCUUGACCAUGAGGAGCUGCUAUCCACAGCUAGCGCCAACACCACGCCUGCUCUUCCUGGUGACACCCACGACAACCAGGAUUUGCUUCGAUCUCAGCCCAGUAGGCCAGGCAGAGGCGCCCCGCUGUGCCUUAGGAAGGUGUGAGACCGGCUUCCCCCCAUCCCCACAGCAAAACACGGCAUGUCCCAAGCCAGUGAGGAGCUAAAGACACCCAGGUCCCCAAAUGAGCAUACGCCAUGCCCCACCUGCUCACACCGUCCUUUCCCGUCACCCUCGCUACCCCUGGAGCAGCGCCCUCCACAGCUGCCCUUCCCAGGAAGGAGUUUGUUGGAUUCUGUCACUGUGGAGACAAAGUCUUCUCUUUAAUUCCAAAUUAUAACCACAAAAGCGGCAUCACACUUGCUUUUGAAAACAUCAGGGUGAUGUCUGUUCCCAAACCGGCAGCAGGUGUCUCAGCCUCUGUGGGGCCACCCCGGGGAAGGAGAGGAGAGGAGGGUGAGGAGGCAGGCUCGCCGUUCCAAGGGAGAGCACAGGCUCGUGCUGGGGUGUGUUGCAUGUGGUGUCUGGGACAGUCCCCAUCACCCCAUGUGUGCGGCCUCUGCACUCCCAGCUCCACUGCUGGCCUGGGCUGGGCUGGGCAUGCGGAGCCUGGGGAGCCAGCAGCUGCGGAGGCCUGGGAGGAGCCCUUGAAGGCAGCAGCUGCAGAGGCCUAGGAAGGAGUUCCUGGGGGAAGCGCACAGUGUCCAGUGCCCAUCUCUUGCUUGUGUGUGAGAUUAGCCCCUGCUGGGGCGUCAAGAGGAAGAGCCUUAGACCUGGGUGGGCCUUCAGGGGCAUCUAGACCCCUGCACAGCCCGGGCCUGGUGUCCACAUCUCCACAGCACCCCUGUGGGGACUCCUGCCAGGGCUGGCUGCUGUCUCAGGAAAGACCCAAUGUUAGAAAGCCCCUUCUUACACAGCCAACGGCUUCUCCCAAGGCUUCUGGCCACAGGGACAGGCUAACCCCUGGGCACCUCUUCUGCAGCAUGGCGUCCUUCUGAUUCACCCAGGCUGACCCUGGGGCGUCCUCCACGGCGGUCAGAAGGCUGAUGGCCCCAACACAGUGGCUUGUGGAAGAGAGAGAGGAGGCUCUGCAUGUCCAUCUGCCCUGUGGGAGGAGGACACAGGUGUCCCCAGUGCAGCCUGUCCUCUCCCAGUCAGUCAGGGAUGGGGCCACCCAAAGUGCAGGACCCGCCCCACCCUGCGGUUCGCAGCCUGGCUCCUGUCUCCACUUAGGCGCUGUUUCUACAGUGGGUGGAACUGAGUCAGCGGGGGUCCUGGCUGUGUACGUCUUUUCCUUACUUGGUCUAUGGGUUGUCAAGUCCAUUUUUUUUUUUUUCACUGAACUGGCUGGUAACUUGAUGGACUGUGUAACUAACACAGGCUCUCUGUAAACCCCUGUCUUCACCCCACCUCCCGGGUCCACUCCCUGGGGCUCUGUCCCAGCCAUCCCUGCUUGCCAGCUCCAAGCUGCAGUCCUAGGAGCCAGUCUACCUCGAAAGCCCUGAGAAAGUGAGACACCUGCACGUUCGCUGCGGGAGACCCUCCGUUCUCUUGUGGCAGCUGCUCCCUCUUGUUAAACCAAGCUGUUUCUGCAGGACAUGCUCACUCUUGGGAACCAGUGGCCUAGAGCUUUGGGUUACAGGUAUGGAGAGGGCGUUCUUGCCUCGGGCUUGGCGGAGAAUGUUCCAUACAUAAACCACCAUGUCCUCCUUUGGUGCAGCUGGACUGCUCUGUUAAAAGCCAGCAUCUGUCUUGAAGCUCGCUGGGUAAAUGGCAAUGCAUUCUCAAGCCUGUGUCUUCAGCUGAUGCCCAGUGUCCAGUGCUGGUCACCAGUCCCCUUUGCUGGGGACAGCCCGCCCGGCUGUUCUGUGGUCCUGGAACACUGCAGUGUGGUUUUGUUCCUUGGAGACAGCACCAAGCGGAGAGGCCUCCUUGCCGGCUGCCCCAGGGCCUGGGGGCCAGGGGUUCUGGCCCUGCGGGAACUUAGGCAGGAGGGGAAGAGAAGCCCAUGGAGCCAUGGGAGGGGUGUCAUGGGUGGGGCCUAGCCAUGGGAGGGGUGAGAUGUGGGCGGGGCCCAGUCAUGGGAGGGGUAGCUGUGGGUGGGGCCUAGCCGUGGGCAGGGCCUGUCGUGGGCGGGGUGAGCUGUGGGCGGAGCCUAGUCAUGGGAGGGGUGAGCUGUGGAUGGACGGGACUGAGCCAUGGGAGGGACAAGCCAUGGACUGGGUCAGGCUGUUGGAGCCAUGGGUGGAGUAGGCUGGGCGGAGCUGCUGGGGCUGCUGGCAGGGCCUAGGAAAGUAGACAACUCUCGGGGGAGACUGGAAGUAGAGCGUGAGUCCCCAUGAAAGGGACCUCUGCCCCAGGGUUAAGUGCCAAAGCAGGUCCCGCCCACCACUUUGGGGUAGACGUUGGUGGCACGUGUUGCUCAGGGUGUCCUGAUUGUCUGGCACGUGUUGCUCAGGGUGUCCUGAUUGUCUGGCACAUGUUGCUCAGGGUGUCCUGAUUGUCGCUGCAACGCCUCCACAUCACCUUGAACUUAAAGAACGGCAGCAAAGCUGUAUCUGCUAUCGGAGGCUGUUAGGUAGCCCAGCGUUAAACUAACAUACUCUUUCUCCAUCACAUGCUCUUUAAACAGGGAGACACAGAAAAUGUCCGUCUCCAGGGCAUGGCCCCACUGUGUUGACAGCAGCCACACCUGUUGAGCCGACACUGCUGAGGCUGAAGCUGGCCCCAGUGCAGGGGGCUGGUGAGCCACAGGUGCAGCUCCCCGGAGGUGUGCUCUCCCCUAGAGUCCUGCCCCCACCUCCUCCCCGAGGCCUAUUCCUGCUGCCCUCAGACCUCAGCAGAGGCACCAGCUGGAGGGCUCCACAGACAUCCUUGGAGAUACGGGAAGCUUUCCUGGCACAGGGCACAGCUCUUAGGAGGCGUUUGUAGGACGCUGUCUCCCCAGUGUGUCCUGCUCAUCCAGGAGGGGGAGAAAGAGGAGGAGGCCCCAGGCUCAGAAGCCAGGGACAGAUGGCCGAGGAUUACCAAACUGAAUCCAGGUAGUGCCAUGACCCUGGGUGUCCCUUGGUUCACGUCACCCACCAGACACAGCUGCAGAGAGAGUGCAGGGAGGGGCUGGGACCAAAGAGGCCAGAAACCAGCAGAAAGGAGGCAGAAGUGAGGUGGGUGUGCCUGGGGCGCAAAGCCAGCACCGGGGAGAUUUCAGUGGAGUCCUACAGCCAGUUUCUGUGCGGACUGUGAUGCCAGAGAGGCGUACAGCCUCUGGGCAAGUCGGGAGAGGGCUGGGGUGGUCCCCACAAGGGAGAAGAGGUGGAAGGGCCAGAGAAGACCGCCAAGACCACCGUUUCCCCAGGCAUGGGGUGACUGACCUGACUGUGAGACUAGCGGGCAGAGCCAAGCAGGGCUAAACUCCAACCCAGGGCCCAGUGUUGGACAAAGUAGCUUUUUCUUUGCUCAUUUGUCUGUGUAUUAAGAAGAGACUAAAAUAGCCAAACGACACUGGUCGCACGCUCUGGCUGUGGUCUGUCUGCUGAAUGUCUAUUUUUGUCUCCUGACAAGAGACGUGAGGACCAUGCCCUUGAUCCCUCCAACAGACCAGAAACCCCCUUCCUUGCAAAAAAAAAAAAAAAAAAGCCAAUUGAAUUAGGAAGAGAUCACCCAACCUAGCUCAGAUCCACCAAGAUAAGCACAGCAAAGCUCGGCUGCAUUUUUGAGGAAUAAAAACCUUCUGCAGAAAGCACCAAUAACCUUUAAGAUCUGAAUGAGAUUCUAAUAUAACCCGUCUAAACAAUGGCAAAAUUCCUCCUUUGGUUUUGGAAGCAGCGCUUGCUCACACGUGGCUCAGGGAUUCUCUGAGGACCAGGAGUUGACACACAAACCCCGCCAUGGGUCCCAGCCAGCUAUUUCUCAAGGCUCCCACCUCGCCAAGCUCCCAAGGGCCUGCCGGCAGCGCCUACGCUGUGCCAACUACCCUGUCUGGUACAGACCACGGCUGGGUAGCACCCUCAAAAGCAACAGAAACAACGUCUGGAAGCUGAAAGGCGAAACUGUCGAGAUGGCUCGGGAGAGGAAGGAGCGGACCCACUGGUCUUCGGCAUUUUGUAUUUAGAAUUAUUCUAAUCUUAUACAGAACGUAUAGGCAGAUCUUUUGGAAGGGAUACGGUUUUCAUUCUUGUGCAACUCAUUAUUCUCAUUACUGGCCUUUUAAAUAAAAAGUUGUUUUUCAGGGCGCCUUGA